AAUGAAUGCAUGCAAUGAAUGCAAUGUAUGAAUGAAUUACAACAACAAUACCAUUCAAUCCAUUGAUUGUGUGAUUAAAAUACAUGUGUUUUGUGUUGCGUUUGUCGUAAUCGUUGUGUCCAUUGAAUCACGUGUUUGGCGAGACAAGAGCUGACCGCAGAUGAAGUCCACCGAUUUGGACGCAUUCGCCGACGUUUCGCACAAUUAUCUCAACUCCCAAACCAUUCAGACAUAUCUUCACGCCAUCAGCGGUCAGGAGAAGCGUUUCAAUGUGAUAGAUGUGGACCACAACUACGCCAAGCCCUGGAACCGUCAUCCGGACGCCCAGAUUAGGGCCAAAGCCGCCAAAUUCCUCUUCAUGAAGAACUUUCCCAAACACUUUGGCCGCAGAUAUCACUAUGACUUCGGCCAACACAUCGAUGUGGUGUCACUGCCGGCGGCCAAUCAGCGCCCGCUUCCCUUUCCCGGAACCGCUCCCACCGACUACACGGCCGUCAAGAGUGUGCAGAUGAUUACAGCCGCCGAUCUCAACAGCAAUGAGUUGACAACACCGACGAAGACUGGAUGGACGCCACAGAUGUGCAAAUUGUGGUCAAAAGCGACUAAAAUACUGCAUUCCGACCGUUUGUCGCGUCUGUCAUACGAUUCCCUCCCAAACGAAGUGAUACUGAAGAAGAAUCUUCAGGAGAGGACGACCACUAAAUUUCGGCAUCUGUUCGCCGCCACGGGUUGGGAUAUCAGCCAAAUCUCAUGGCUUAACACCACUCUCAAUGAAUACGUCGGUCCCGUAUUUCUGACCGCAUAUCACGAGUCGUUGCAAAUACUCAGAGCAAAGAUCCCAACUCUAAUCGACAAGUUUUAUGUGCCGUCAAAAUACGAAACAGCGAAUCGAUUCAAACAGUCUUGUGAUGCGAUACAGACAAUGCUUAACAGUUAUAAACCGAAACGUAUAAACGGAAGUCCGCUGUUUCUGAUUGUGCCGAACGGACCCCAAAUACCACAUCAGAUGACAUCCCAGCGUAUGAAACACUGGCACAACCUCUUCGGCUCGUUAGGCAAAGUCAUCACAAUUAGCACAAUCUCGAGACCAUACGAGUCAGUGCUGGACUUCUUGAGCGAAAUCCGAUAUUCAGUUCGCGACAAAAUCAAAGAAUGCAAAACCACUUUCAAUGAGGGCCGACCUCUGGUUCUGGUGGGCUUUGGACACUCAUCACUGGUGGCCGCGCACUGCGCGCUCGACAACGCGGCCAAUGUUAACGCAACCAUAUGUUUGGGAUUUCCACUCACGGCUAUCAACGGAUUCAGAGGCGAUUUGGACGACCCGUUGUUGGAGACAACAGUGGCCACUCUGUUCGUGAUCGGCCAGAACUCAACAAUGGCUACACUCGACGAUAUGGAGGACUUUCGGGAACGUAUUACCAAAACGGAAACGGGUUUAGUAGUGAUCGGCGGCGCAAACGAUCGCCUGUUUGUGUCGAGCAGUAAAAAGAAAUUUGAAGGAAUCACUCAAGCGAUGGUCGACCGGUGUAUCGCCGAUGAGAUCUACGAGUUUGUCGGCAAUGUCUUGAAUCCCAGCUCAUCAUCGUUUCCGGCAAACGCUUCCCGUGUGUCGCCAUCGAAGAGCACUGCAAACAAAAGUAUUUCGUUUGGAGUGACAGCUAUUCCUAAACCCAAUCGAAAACGUCCCGCAAAUCGAGACAAAGAUAAAGACAAAGAGAAGAGUCGACCGAAGAAGAGAACUAAAGCAGAGACCAAAAAAGCGGCCCAACUCUUGGCCUCGCAAACGGCGUCCGAAACCAAAGCACCCGAACUCCUGACCCCAACAACCAGUACUGCGACUGUCAAACCCGUUCCGCUACCAAAACCAGCCGAACUUCCGGUUCCCAAACAGAUGGCACCAAUCGUAUCGUUAGAGCCGUUAUACCCGGCGAUCGAGAAACCCGUCAAACCUAAAGCCGAAGAGCACAUCACACCCGACACGCCGUCAACUCCUCUACCAAUGACACCGACUGAAGGCGUUUCGACGCCGAAGACUCUUGCG